AUGAAACUUUUUGAAGCCACACAUACUUUUUUUUAUGAUUGGUCUCAAGUUUCUGCAGCAAAUUGGAGAAAAUAUCCCAAUGCUAAUUGUCCGCAUGUUGUGGCCAUAGAUGUUCUGGACCGACAUGUUGAUCCUGAAACCGGCGUACUACGAACUGAACGGUUAAUAACAUGCCAUCAAACUAUACCAGGCAUGUUGAAUAGAAUGUGUGGUGGUUGUACUAUAUCUUACGCUAGAGAAGUUAGUGAAAUCGAUCCUCAAAAUAAAGUACUGAAGAUGACCAGUUGUAACUUAUCUAUGAAUCAUUUGAUUAAUGUUACUGAGACUGUUACUUAUACUGAGGAUCCAACGAACUUAUCGAGAACAUUAUUCAAACAAGAAGCAAGAAUCAAAUGUGGUGAAUCAAUCUCUCGAUUCGCUGGAUAUAUAGAGAACUUUUUUAUUCAACGAUUCAGAGAUAAUGCAGCACAAGGACGAAAAGGAUUUGAAAAUGUAUUGAUGGGUCAAGGGGAAGCUGCAUAA